AAACCCCCCCCAAAAUCCAUACCCGCGCCGUAAAAAAUUAAAACCCACGCCGUGAAGUCUAUUAACGGCUUAAAGCGGCAACACAUUCGGAAAACAAAGCCAAAGUCAGAAAAUUCUCUCUCUCUCUCUCUCUUUCUCUCUUUCGCUGCGUAGCUUGCUCCACCUUUAGACUUCAAGAGCUCCACUAGACGGAAAAUUGAAGCAAAAGCACGUUUUGGGCAGCGCUGUAAUACUCGCAGAAUGGGAAGUGAAGAAGGUAAAUCAAAUUUGGAUUUACAUGAGAAGAUUUUUAAUAUUUACAAAGAUUUCAUGGCGAGGGUUACAAAGUUUGAAGAACUGGUAGCUGUUGGAAGCAGAUUACUUGUUGGCUUUCAGCAAGGGCUGGAGUUUUUAAGAAGGCCCCCCAUUGAUAAUACAUCUGGGUUGAUUAAGUCUGUAAUCAAGGCAAAUCAAACAAAGAGGAUUCAGUCAUACCUUGAAGCUGGAUGCAGAAACACUCAUGAUGGGGUGCAAAACGUAAGCAAAUUGCACACAUGCCAACUUGGACUCCAAGACUAUUUAAGUGAAGGCAGAAGCAUACUUAAUCAGCUGGAAUUCCUUAUGGAGGAUGUAACUAAUGCAAUGCAAUCUGCUAUGGGAAAUUCACCACUCUCUGAGGACGAAGAUUUUGAUACUGGGAUUAAUGAACAAGCAACUAGAGAUGAUAAGGAGGGAAGUGCACCGUCUCAUAUUAAAAGAUAUGAUGUUACUGAUUUUGCUGUUUUGAUGGGGGCUAUUUACAGUAUGGUUAAGAAAGAAUAUGUAAUGCAGGAAAAGAUUGUUUCUUCUCUAAAUCUCAAAUCAUCUUCUGGAGAGUUAGAGAGCUACUGCCUUAUGUGGUCUUUGCGUCCUUUAAUAAAUGAUGACAUUAUGCAUCAAGCUUGGAAACUUAUUCCUUGAAUCCGAGUCUCUUUUCUCAUACUUGUUACCAGAAGAUUAUCCUUAUCUGAAUCAAUUCAUUUGACAAAAGUGUCAAUUUAAUUAAAAAAAAAACAAAAAAAGAAAUUAUUUGUAUAUGUAUAUAUAUAUAUAUUAGAGAAGUGUAAUGGUAACUGGUAUUUGUUUGAUAAAAGUACACACUGGUUUGGUACUGAAGGGACGGAUUAAAGAGUGUUAAUAUGUUGUUUAGAUAGAAUAUGAAUAAAGCCCUUCUCGUGAAGCAAGCUUGCUUGGAGGUUGUUACAA